CGGACGGGGCCGGGGUAGGGGCGGCGGCCUGAGGCGAGCCCGCGGCCUGACGUGGCGGGGGCGGCGGGCGGGACCCCCGGGCGCGGCGGGGUCGGAGCUGAGGGGCCGCGGGGACGCCGGCGUCCGGGACUCGGGCGAGCCUGUCGCCCCCGCGGGUCCGCGCGCGUCCUUCGGGGCCGCGGUCCCGGCGCUACGCCGGCGGCCCUGCAACAGGCGGCCGGUCGGGCGCCGUUCCCCUGGUGCGACCUUGGACCCCGGCAUGCCAGCCUCGGCCCCUCAGCCGGCCCAGGCUCGGCCCCCCGCUUGCUGCACGGACAGACCUGGACGGACCCCGACGGCCCCGGCGGCCGCGCUGUCAGUGCGACGCCUCGGCCCGGAGCGCCGGCCGCUGGUCUGCCCACUCCCACCCCGGCCCCGAGCCCAGCGCCUUCCGCCCGGGCACGUCCCUGCCCCGCUCCGGCCUCCGCGCCGCGAUGGUCCAGAACGCCUCCCAUCCUCACCUGAUGCGGGCCGUCCCCUGGGAAGUGGAACCCCCUUUCCCUUUGUUGCAGACCUUGCUUCGUGCUGCCAGGGACUGGGCUUCGUGGAGGGCAGACACUGUUUGGGGCCCUGCAGAGGACUGAGGCUGACAGCCGCGGUGCUGAGGUUGGGAGCGGUGGUCAGGAUGGCGGAGGAGCAGGAGUUCGCCCAGCUCUGCAAGUUGCCGGCACAGCCCUCCCACCCGCACUGUGUCAGCAACACCUACCGGAGUGCACAGCACUCUCAGGCGCUGCUCCGGGGGCUGCUGGCUCUGCGGAACAGCGGCAUCCUCUUCGACGUGGUCCUGGUGGUGGAGGGGAGGCACAUCGAGGCCCAUCGCAUCCUGCUGGCUGCGUCCUGCGAUUACUUCAGAGGCAUGUUUGCUGGGGGGCUGAAGGAGAUGGAGCAGGAAGAAGUCCUGAUCCACGGCGUGUCCUACAACGCCAUGUGCCAAAUCCUGCAUUUCAUUUACACGUCCGAGCUGGAACUCAGCCUGAGCAACGUCCAGGAGACACUGGUUGCCGCCUGCCAGCUUCAGAUCCCCGAGAUCAUCCACUUUUGCUGUGACUUCCUCACGCCCUGGGUGGAUGAGGACAACAUCCUUGACGUCUACCGGCUGGCCGAGCUCUUUGACCUGAGCCGCCUGACCGAGCAGCUGGACGCCUACAUCCUCAAGAACUUCGUGGCCUUCUCGCGGACUGACAAGUACCGCCAGCUGCCCCUGGAGAAGGUCUAUGCACUCCUGAGCAGCAACCGCCUGGAGGUGUCCUGCGAGACGGAGGUGUAUGAGGGCGCCCUGCUCUACCACUACCCUCCGGAGCAGGUGCAGGCUGACCGGCUCCCGCUGCAUGAGCCGCCCAAGCUCCUGGAGACCGUGCGCUUCCCCCUCAUGGAAGCCGAGGUCCUGCAGCGGCUGCACGACAAGCUGGACCCCAGCCCCCUGAGGGACACGGUGGCUGAAGCCCUCAUGUACCACCGGAACGAGAGCCUGCAGCCCAGCCUGCAGGGCCCACAGACCGAGCUGCGCUCGGACUUCCAGUGCGUCGUGGGCUUCGGGGGCAUCCACUCCACGCCGUCCACUGUCCUCAGCGACCAGGCCAAGUACCUGAACCCGCUGCUGGGGGAGUGGAAGCACUUCACCGCCUCCCUGGCGCCCCGCAUGUCCAACCAGGGCAUCGCUGUGCUCAACAACUUCGUGUACCUGAUUGGAGGGGACAACAAUGUCCAGGGCUCCUUCCGCGCCGAGUCCCGCUGCUGGAGGUACGACCCGAGGCACAACCGAUGGUUCCAGAUCCAGUCGCUGCAGCAGGAGCACGCCGACCUGUGCGUGUGCGUUGUGGGCAAGUACAUCUACGCGGUGGCCGGUCGCGACUACCACAAUGACCUGACCACUGUGGAGCGCUACGACCCUGCCACCAACUCCUGGGCCUAUGUGGCCCCGCUCAAGAGGGAGGUGUAUGCCCAUGCGGGUGCCACACUGGAUGGGAAGAUGUACAUCACGUGCGGCCGCCGAGGGGAGGAUUACCUGAAGGAGACCCACUGCUACGACCCGGGCAGCGACACCUGGCACACGCUGGCUGACGGGAUGGUGCGGCGGGCCUGGCACGGCAUGGCCACCCUCCUGGACAAGCUGUACGUGGUCGGGGGCAGCAACAACGACGCGGGCUACAGGAGGGACGUGCACCAGGUGGCCUGCUAUAGCUGCAAGUCCGGGCAGUGGUCAUCCGUCUGCCCGCUCCCAGCGGGGCACGGUGAGCCCGGCAUCGCCGUGCUAGACAACAGGAUCUACGUGCUGGGUGGCCGCUCGCACAACCGGGGCAGCCGCACUGGCUAUGUGCACAUCUAUGACGUGGAGAAGGACUGCUGGGAGGAGGGCCCGCAGCUGGACAACUCCAUCUCAGGCCUGGCGGCCUGUGUGCUCACCCUGCCGCGGUCCCUGCUCCUUGAGCCGCCCCGCGGGACGCCUGACCGCAGCCAGGCCGACCAGGACUUCGCCUCUGAGGUGAUGAGUGUGUCUGACUGGGAGGAGUUUGACAACUCCAGUGAGGACUAGGGUCCCAGGCCAGGUGGGGGGUGCGGGGGAGUGGUAGCUCCCAGCUCCCCCCACAGCACUUUGCCCUGGAGCACUUGACCCCAGGCUGGCAGCGGCCUUCCCUCCCGCCGCCUCCCAUCGGCAGGUAUUUUUGGGGCCCUGCAGACCUGUGGCUGUGGAUCACCCCACAGUGGGAAACCUUCGGGAAGGGCUCGGUCCCCUGAAGUUCACCGGGCUCUCUCCUCAGCGGGGACGGGCUGUGCCACCAGCUGUCCUGGCCUCCCUGCUCCCUGGUUCUGGUCCCUACUGGGCCUAGAGGGUGCCAUUCUCCCAAGGGACCUGGGGACUGGCCCCUGGUGAGGGAGCCAGGGCACAUCUUGUCCCUCUCGUCGGCAGGGAGGGGGCAGGCUGAGCCCAUUGUCUGCCCAGCAGCUCCCGGGGCCAGAGCGGGAGAGAGAUCCAUCAGGUUGCCUGAGGCUGAUUCUGUAAAAUGAUGCCCUGUAGCUGGGCUUUUCGGACCCCAUGUUGUUGAUAAAUGAAAUAAAUCAUCUUACA